AUGAUUUGGCGCCAGUGCGUCACCACAGAAGCAACGAAAGAAAAAGACAGAGACGAAUUUGAUGUUUCCUUUUCAGAGUUAGUAUAUGUUGGGAGACGUAUGGAGGUGGAGACAUUACCAGCAGAUCGAGAGGGAAAAAUAAGUAACAAGACAGCGCUUGAUAGAAUGGCGCAAAGUGGAGGCGGUUGGGAAACCUUCAAUACUGGUACGUAUGCUGCUCACGGGCAAGGGGAAAUGAACUAUGAGCUUGUGCUCGAUAGCCAUUUCUCGAUCAUAUCACCGCCAUGGGGCCAAGUGCGAGCGCGAGUACGACGAUACAGGGCACGUAACAUGCGCAUGAACAACCAGUUAAAUCUGCAAUAUUCUGGAUGCUUCCUCGUCAUAGAAAUUUGUGCAAUAACUAGUUAUUUAGCUGUUCAAACGUAUGAGGAGAAAUACUCCGAGACAACAUGA